CAAGGGUGAACCGCUGUAUCGUAGCAACCAGUGUACAGAUUGCCGUACGGUUUGCACGGAAAACGUCCCAAAAGUAAGGCUGUUUUCCUCCUAAAUAGAAGGCUUCUUCACAAAACCUCUUGUCACUAAAAAGUUUAAAGCCUUGUUUUUUAGAAAAAGUUAGGAAUUUAAUAUUUAGCAGCAACAAAAACGAGAUCAACACCGCGAAAGUUGUUUCAAGUUUGAGGAAUUCGACAUUGACCGGAAAAUGGCGACCACGCGUAUUUCAGCGAGGCUUCCACCCAACAUUGACCCGACCAAAGCGCCGCUCGCGUACGGGGACAGGGCAUUGCCGAAGUUGAACCGAGAACUGAACGAUAAAGAGCUUAUCACAAGACAACGGGCGUUGAUGACACUGUGUGACUACCUGCACGACCCAGAACACAUUGCAGAAGCACUCAGAGUCGGCUGUGCUGAGAGUCUGAAGGCCCUGCUAACAGAUCCUGAUGGUACCGUGCGACACAAAGCAACAGAGGUCUUGUACAUCAUUGCAGGUCAUAACAUUGGUCGGGACGCCUUCCUCCAUUACUCCAUCAUCAUGCCCUUGUCUCGUCUCUUCAAUGAUGAGCUGGACGUGGUGCGACGCAACGCUCACAUGGCCAUGGAGAUGCUGUGCCACUUCACCCCCGGGGCCGAGGGGGUGGUGGAGGCUAGCCUCAUCCCUACCCUGGUGGACAAACUCAAGAUUGAAGUGGAUGAGAUCAAGGAGUACAUUCUGGACACGCUCCAUUUUUGCCUGGUGUUGGAGCAGAUUCAGGCGCUCAUCGCGGGAGCCAUGGAGGUUUUCACCGACCUCCUUGAUCACGAGUCUCCCGUCAUCAGAGCAAAAGCUGCCAGGGACGUCAUGGACUUGAGCGUUCCUCUUGAUGGCAAGAACAAGGCAUGUGAGGUGAACACCCUACCCCCUCUGGUCACAUUACUGGGCGAUGCCAGCCCUGAGGUCAGGUCUAAGGCAGCAGGAGCCAUCAUGACAAUUACAAUCACAACGCAAGGCAAGUACAAGGCUAUCCAGGCCAUGGCUAUCCCCAAGCUAGUCAACCUAGUCAAUGAUAAGACCAGCGAGGUACGACUCAACGCUAUCAAGGCAAUCACUACGCUGUCUGAGGCACCCGAGGGACGGAAAGCAUUGCUGGAAAAUGUCUCCACGAUUGAGAAGCACUUGGAGGACGAUUCGCCGGCUGUCGUCAAAGCUGCCCAGAUAGCUGUCAAGGUCAUAACAUGGAAACCCUAACCUAAAAUACAUCUAGUUCGCUUAUUCCAAACAAUAUCCAACAUGUUUGGGUCCACUGCAAAAGACCGUUAUCAUGUUGCGGCCAUCUUGAUUUUCAUCCCAUUCAAAUCGACGCAACCAAAGCGAGGCUGAAAGGAAAAAUAGUCUGGUUCCUUUUUGCACAAAAACAUUAUCAUGAAGUACUGUUAGUGGAUACAGGGAACAUGACUGAAAUGGUGGCAGCAUGAUAAAGGCGUAUAGUCUCCAAGAAUACUGAGUAUGCACAUAAACAUGAGUUGUUGAAUAAUGUAUUGUCCAACUGCUAUAAUUUAAAACAAAGUACAAUGGUUAUUGUCAACUAUGUACUUUAGCUGUAUUUUCUUGCUCCACAUGUACAUGUACAAUGUACAUACUCAGUGUCCUACGUUCUACAUACACAAUAUUUGCUUUGCACUCUUGAGUCCCCAAUAGAUGCUAUAUAGAACAAUAUUUGUGACGCCAAAUUGACUGUGACUUAAUUGUAACAUCAACUUGAGUGCGAAUUUGUGGAGCAGGCAUUUGUUAAAAGCCACUCAAAAUGGGACAUCACAAUAAUAAGUCUAUACAUACUUAAUAGACUCAAAGAAUUAGGCUGUUUUGAAAUAAAAUAUUUACACGUUCAUCUGCUUUUGAUGCAGGAAGUUGCAAUUCCCAAUGGUCAAGGCCUGUAUUUCAAAACCUGCCCCACAGUAUCCCACUGUUAGCAUGCGAGUCAAAUGUUCUUCACAUUUUGCUUCCGAAAAAAUAACGAAAGAAAAGCCUUAUUUUCACAUAUUUAUAUUAAUUAGGCCUGUGUAGUUUCUGUGAGUAUAUUUUUUCGUAAGAUUUUGCUUGAUUGAGACAAAUCGUGUUUAUGAAUCCUUCAAAUUGAAUUGAAUACAAUGUACCUAAAAUUAAAAACUUGCGAAAUGAAGCCUUAUUUUCUUUGACAAGUGCCUGAAAUGCAGUUGUUCUUUUUAAGAUGGCUUAACUUAACUUUUGUAAAUAUUAGUAUACCCAAGUGGACUUGAAACUGUAAAUAAACUACUACCUAACUUUGAUAAUCAUGAAUAAAAUUUUGAGAAAAUUA